UCCACCAGCUGCAGAUGGAAGCGGCCCUCCGAAUGAUGCCGCAGGCGCCGGUGCCGCAGCAGGAUCUCCAGCAGCACCGGCAGCCGAUCAAACCGCACCUGCGACCGGUGGUGGAGGGUCCGGUGGAAAUGCAGGAGGUGGUGGUAAAAGUGUAGAGGAAGCAGUUGGCGGUACAGGAACAGGCGGUGAAGGAGAACGAAGUAUAGGAGGAGGUAAACCAAGUGGUCAUAAGGGGGAGCAAAAUGGUGGUAGUGGUGGUGGUCCUGCUGAUAUCUUAGCGUCAGUUACGGGCGGCAACGAAGGAGGGCUAGGCCAUGGUGGUACGGGCGGCAACGAAGGAGGGCUAGGCCAUGGUGGUGGUGGUGGUCAACCUGGUGGCAACGACCCAUAGGAAGAAGAGAUUACUCCUGAUCAACCAAAGUAUUAGAUCACAGAGUGUUGAAUCACCAUCGUUGUGACCCUCUUGAAGAAGUCGCAUGAUCACCAAGACGAGUCAAUGUGAGCACAACUUUGUGUGUGAAGAGUGAGGUGACUGCUAAUGCUGUCAUCGUGCUCUAAAUCUUCGAUUUUGCUAAUCUAUUUUUCUUCGACAAUCAUCGUGUAUAGUCACUAGUCAGACCUCCUUUAACUUACUGCCUUUUAUGACUCUUGUCCAUAUUUUAUCCAGUUCCAUGCUUAUUGAAGAUUUCUUGACAACUUUUACUCCCAUUCAUUCCGAGAAUGCAACAUCAAACGGUUUUUAGGACUGAACGCUUCCUCUGUUGAAGGGGUUCCCAAGGAAUUGGCUUCAGGAAUAAUUGACCAUGUGGUUGUGGAGGAAUACGCGACGACCCAGCCAUUUUCACGAUCACGACAUAGCGAAGAGCGAGACCAGCUUUGCCUCUGAUAGAGUUAGAGAUAACUCGUCCAUCAUGCCCACAAUGACAAUGCAGAGUGUCAGCUACAAGAUUGAGUUUGAGGUAGCCGAACAUCUACUACUUACAUUUUUAAUAUUUACGCUCGUGGACGCGUAAGAAGAGGAGUACCAUCAUGAUGUUGAGAGAUGAAAACGUGAAUUCCC